CCCGCCCAGGACACCUCAGCCUCAGCGCCGCCGCUCUCCUCAGCGCCCCUGCCAGGGCGGCCCCACAGAGCCGCUCACCUGCCCCAGGCAAAAAACGAAGCCGGCUGUUGUCGUAAAGCGAGGCGGCGCGACAGCUAGCGAGGGCCCCCCCCCGCCCGCCUCCUUCCUCCUCCCGAGCGGAGAAGAUGGCGGCGGGGGAGGUGAAGUCCGUGCUGUUCGUGUGCCUGGGAAACAUUUGUCGCUCUCCAAUAGCUGAAGCAGUUUUUAGAAAACUUGUAACUGAUGAAAAAGUUGAAAAUAAGUGGAGGAUAGACAGUGCAGCAACAUCUACCUAUGAAAUAGGAAACCCUCCUGACUAUCGAGGACAGACUUGCAUGAAGAAGCAUGGCAUUACCAUGAAUCAUAUUGCCAGGCAGAUUACUAAAGAUGAUUUCCAGACCUUCGAUUAUAUACUUUGCAUGGAUGAAAGCAAUUUAAGAGAUCUGAAAAGGAAAAGCAACCAGGUUAAAGACUGCAAGGCCAAAAUUGAACUACUUGGGACAUAUGAUCCACAGAAACAACUUAUUAUUGAAGAUCCAUACUAUGGGAAUGAAAAGGACUUUGAAACUGUUUACGAGCAGUGCGUUAGAUGCUGUAAAGCAUUUUUGGAGAAGCCUCAUUAAUGCUUCAUCAUUUUAUUUCUAGAAUAAAAUAAUUAGCUUCUCCUGAAAUAUGUAAGGUUUACUUGAUUGAUGUAUUUAAAUUGUAAAAUUAUGCCUCCUCAGUAGGUUGAAAACUUUUUCAGUUUAAUUUUUUAUUGUAGUUUUUCUGUCAUCUAAUUAGAAAAACAUAGGAAGUUUUAAAGUUGGAUUAGAUGAUCAACCAUUUCCUCACACAUUAAUGUAAUAACAAAGUACUUGUUCAGAAUAAAUUUAUCUGUAAACCC